CACCAGGACGAGGAGGAGAUGGAGGAAGCCACCAAUCAAAAGCUCGCCCUACAAAAGGCCAAGGAAGUGGCAGAAGUCAGCCCGAUGUCUGCAGCUAACAUUUCCAUAGCGGCCAAGCAGCAGAACUCCUCCAAAUCUAAGUCCGUUUGGGAGCAGAGGACCAGCCAGAUCCGGAUGCACAAUUUCCGUGCCAGCUGUGAGGCGCUGUACAAUGAGCUGGACCCAGAGGAGCGGGUACGUUACGCCACCACACUCCACAUCAGACCAGACAUGAAGACUCACUUGGAUCGACCACUCGUGGUGGAGCCGAGGAGUGAAGGGAGGAACAACAUCAACAAACUGAGCCCUGUGGACGUGCAGGAGGUGGAGCAGACCAAAGUCAGCUCUAUGGAUGGAGCAGAAGCUCCGCGAAAGCACCACCGGCAUCGGGAUAAGGAGAAACUGGGAGAGCAGGAGAAGGGUGAUGUGACCAAGGAUGAGAACGGGGAAGCCACUGCCAACAAUAAGGAGGAGCGGCACAGGCAGCACAGGAGCCGCAGCAAGGAGGUGGAAGGGGGCAGUAAGGAAGGGAAGAGCGAGCGCAGCAGGGGUCAGGAAGGGGGAAAGAGGCACCAUCGCCGAGGGUCGGUGGAAGAAGGUGCUGAGAAGGAGCACCGUAGGCAUCGGACUCACCGGCACUCUGCCGAACGGCAAGGCAAGGAAGGCAACGGGACAAUCAACGGGGCCAGGAGCGAGCGGCGUUCUCGACACCGGGGAGGGUCGAGGACUGGGAACCGGGAAGGAGAGCCUGGGUCCAAGGGUGAGAAUGGAGAAGAGCCUCACAGACGGCACAGGUUGAGGAACAGAGCGCUGUCGACGUACGAUUCGGUGGAGAAGGAGAACGGGGAGAAAGAGGGGGAGGCUGGCGAGAAAGAGCAUCGGAACCAUCAGCCCAAGGAGAAUCAGUGUGAGAUUGAGGCCAGUGGCAGUGUGAGUGUCCCUGUGCACACCCUUCCCAGCACCUACCUGCAGAAAGUGCCGGAGCAGCCCGAAGAUGCUGACAACCAGAAGAACGUGACGCGGAUGAUUCAGCCACCUCUGGACAAAACCACCACUGUGAACAUCCCUGUCACCAUCACUGCCCCGCCAGGGGAAACCACUGUCAUACCAAUGAACAACGUUGAAUUUGAAAGUAAAACAGAGGAGAAGAAAGACGUCGAUGACUUGGCAAAAAGUGGGCCUAAACCAAUCUUGCCUUACAGUUCCAUGUUUAUCCUGAGUCCUACAAAUCCGAUUCGGCGUCUGUUCCACUACAUCGUCAACCUGCGCUAUUUCGAGAUGGUCAUCCUCAUCGUUAUCGCCCUCAGCAGCAUUGCCCUGGCUGCAGAAGAUCCUGUCCAAGCCGAGUCACCGAGAAACGAUGCUCUGAAAUACUUGGAUUACAUAUUUACUGGCGUCUUUACCUUUGAGAUGGUGAUCAAGAUGAUUGACCUGGGGCUGUUACUCCACCCUGGCUCCUACUUCCGUGAUCUGUGGAACAUCCUGGACUUCAUUGUGGUCAGUGGGGCCUUGGUCGCGUUUGCCUUUUCAGGAACCAAAGGCAAGGAUAUCAACACCAUCAAGUCACUGCGCGUUCUGCGAGUCCUGAGGCCACUGAAGACCAUUAAACGGCUGCCAAAACUAAAGGCUGUCUUUGACUGCGUGGUGAAUUCCCUGAAGAACGUCCUCAACAUCCUCAUCGUUUACAUGCUCUUCAUGUUCAUUUUUGCCGUCAUUGCUGUGCAGCUUUUCAAAGGCAGGUUCUUCUACUGCACCGAUGAGUCAAAGGAGCUGGAGAAAGACUGCAGGGGUCAGUACCUCGAUUAUGAAAAAAAUGAGGUGGAGGCGCAGCCCAGAGAGUGGAAAAAAUAUGAGUUUCACUACGACAAUGUGCUCUGGGCUCUGCUCACGCUCUUCACUGUCUCCACAGGCGAAGGGUGGCCCACUGUGCUGAAGCACUCGGUGGAUGCUACCUACGAGGAACAGGGUCCCAGCCCUGGCUACCGAAUGGAAAUGUCUAUCUUUUACGUGGUGUAUUUUGUUGUCUUCCCUUUUUUCUUUGUGAACAUCUUUGUGGCGUUAAUCAUCAUCACCUUCCAAGAGCAAGGAGAUAAAGUGAUGUCAGAGUGCAGCCUAGAGAAAAACGAGAGGGCCUGCAUAGACUUCGCCAUAAGUGCCAAGCCACUGACCCGCUACAUGCCUCAGAACAAGCAAUCUUUUCAGUACAAGAUGUGGAAAUUUGUGGUGUCCCCUCCCUUUGAGUAUUUUAUCAUGGUUAUGAUUGCGCUCAAUACCAUUGUCCUCAUGAUGAAGUUCUAUGAUGCUCCAGAAGCAUAUGAAGAAAUGUUGAAAUGCCUGAAUAUUGUGUUUACAUCCAUGUUUUCGAUGGAAUGUGUGCUGAAGAUCAUUGCCUUUGGUGUGCUGAAUUAUUUCCGAGAUGCCUGGAAUGUCUUUGAUUUUGUCACAGUGUUGGGAAGUAUUACUGAUAUUUUAGUAACCGAGAUUGCGGACACGGACAACUUCAUCAACCUCAGCUUCCUGCGGCUCUUCAGGGCAGCGAGACUCAUCAAGCUCCUUCGCCAGGGCUACACAAUCCGCAUCUUGCUCUGGACCUUUGUGCAGUCUUUUAAGGCCUUGCCUUACGUGUGUCUCCUCAUUGCAAUGCUCUUCUUCAUCUAUGCCAUUAUUGGCAUGCAGGUAUUUGGGAACAUUGCGCUGGAUGAUGAGACCUCCAUUAAUCGGCACAAUAACUUCCGCACCUUCCUCCAAGCCCUGAUGCUUCUGUUCAGGAGUGCCACGGGGGAGGCCUGGCACGAGAUCAUGUUGUCCUGCCUCAGCAACAGGGCCUGCGACCCACUCUCCGGCCUCACCAAAAACGAAUGCGGCAGCGAUUUUGCCUAUUUCUACUUUGUGUCCUUCAUCUUCCUCUGCUCCUUCCUGAUGUUAAACCUGUUUGUGGCUGUGAUUAUGGACAAUUUUGAAUACUUGACAAGAGACUCCUCCAUCCUCGGGCCUCACCAUUUGGAUGAGUUUGUUCGUGUCUGGGCUGAAUAUGACCCAGCUGCCUGUUGCCGGAUUCAUUAUAAGGAUAUGUACAAUUUGUUACGUGUAAUUGCUCCACCCCUGGGCUUAGGAAAGAAGUGCCCUCAUAGGGUGGCAUACAAGCGCCUGGUCCGGAUGAACAUGCCCAUCUCUCCUGAAGAUCUGACUGUCCACUUCACCUCCACGCUGAUGGCCUUGAUCCGCACUGCCCUGGAAAUCAAACUCGCCUCAGGGGGUGUUAAACAGCACCAGUGCGAUGCUGAGUUGAGAAAGGAGAUCUCCCUGGUUUGGCCCAAUCUCUCCCAGAAGACUCUGGAUUUGCUGGUGCCUCCUCACAAACCCGAUGAGAUGACCGUGGGGAAGGUCUAUGCUGCGCUGAUGAUAUUUGACUUCUACAAGCAGAAUAAGAACAGCAGGGACCAAGUCCAGCCUCCUGGAGGCCUGUGCCAGCCUGGACCGGUGUCGCUCUUCCACCCCCUGAAGGCCACUUUGGAGCAGACCCAGCCCGCAGCAUUCAACAACGCCAAGGCGUUCCUGCGCCAGAAGAGCUCAGCCUCGCUCAACAACGGGGGCGCGUUGCCACCCCCAGAGGGUGGGAUCAAAGAGUCCAGUUCUUGGGGGACCCAACGUACCCAGGACGUGUUUUAUGAAACCAGAACACCAGCUUUUGAACGAGGCCACUCAGAAGAAAUCCCCAUUGAAAGGGUGGUAGAAAUGAAGGAAAUCAGCCCCACAGUUGCCAACGGAGAGCAUCAACCAGGCCUGGAGAGCCAGGGGCGGGCGGCUUCCAUGCCACGCCUGGCCGCUGAAACUCAGAGGAGCAAAGCACGGUCACCUGGGAGUUACCUAGCACCCAUCCCGGACACAAGCCCCAUGAAGCGCUCAGUCUCCACACUGACCCCGCAGCGCCCUCAUGCCAUGCACCUCUAUGAGUACUCCCUGGAGCGCAUGCCACCAGAGCAAGGGCAUCACCACCAUCACCACCGCUGCCACCGGCGGAAAGAGAAGAAGCAGAAGUCCUUGGACAGGUCCCCCCAUCAGCUGGCCGAUGGAGAAGCUGUGGCCCAGUCUGGUGAGUCUUCUUCCAAGGACAAGAAGCAGGAACGCGGCCGGUCCCAAGAGAGGAAGCAGCACUCUUCUUCCUCCUCUGAAAAGCAGCGCUUCUACUCCUGCGACCGCUAUGGCAGCCGGGACCGUUCUCAGGCCAAGUCUACUGAUCAGAGCAGGCCCACCUCACCCAACGGAGGUCCAGAGCAAGGUCCACACAGACAGGGCAGUGGUUCAGUUAAUGGGAGCCCCUUGCUGUCGACAUCUGGUGCUAGUACCCCAUGCCGGGGUCGGAGGCAGCUCCCACAGACGCCACUGACCCCACGCCCCAGCAUCACUUACAAGACCGCUAACUCCUCGCCCGUGCACUUCACCAGUUUCCAAACCGGCCUGCCCACUUUCUCCCCGGGACGCCUGAGCCGCGGCUUGUCCGAG